AUGAUUACAGACAGCAACCUCCAUCUGUUGGGCGACUGCUUCAAACAACUGCGCACGCUCGACCUGGGCGACAACGACAUCUGUGUCCUGGAAGACGUACUAACUACGCUUCGGGACCUGAAACAUCUCCGCAGCCUACGUCUAGAGGGAAACCCAUGCUCUAUGUGCGAGGUGUACCGUGAGGCCGUGAUCCUGAACGCGCCCAGUCUGCACUUCCUGGACGACAUCGAGCUGUGGAACAUGGACCGAUACGUGCCCGACGACCUGGACAUGCGGCCCCACCUGUCGAAGGGCGUGCUGCUCUUCUUCUGCUACCGGCUGAUAGGGCUGCCGCAGCCACGCCCUAUGGUGGUGUCUGGCAAGAAGGUGGUCCAGACAUUUCACGUGGAGGUGGAGCUCCCUCUGAUGGAUCCGGCGCUGUGGCAGGAUGUGCCCACUCCGCCCCCAACACCGCCUCCCGAGCGGCCCCCAUCACCGCCUCCGGCCGAAGGCAAGAAGGGCGAUGCAGGUGCAAAAGGCUCUAAGAAGGACAGCAAAGGAAAGAAGUCGGCAGGGCAGUCUGACGACGAGGCGGCAGCGGAGACGGAGCCGCCUCCGCCAGACCCCCUGGACGGCGUGGAGGAGGAGCCGGUAGUGUGCAGCAGCUCGUGGUUCCGCACGCCCGACCUACCCUGGGCGAAGCUGCUGGCCUACCCGGAGCCCCUGGAGCUGCCGGCGCCGGCAGAGGACCUCUCCACCUUGCGGGACACCUUCCGCUCACAAGUGCGGGUCAAGGUCGUCCUCCAGCAGUCUUUGCCGCCUGAGAAACCAAAGAAGGCAAAACCGGGAAAGAAGGACGCUCCAGAAGAACCGUGUCGAAUUAAUCGUAAACUAAAUACAGAGGUUGAACCAUUAGAUGUUGAACAAAAUAGAAAGCUAAAUGAAUCAACAAACGCAUGCAUCCACGAAAUUCUUGCCCAGCUGGACGCUGAGAGACAACAGCAAGCUCCAGCUGUGAUGCAACCACCAUAG